UUGUGUUUGGUUUCCAGGGUCUUGGUUGGAGCUCCCAAGGCAGACUCUAGAUACAGCACCUCUAUUCAGUCCCCAGGAGCAGUAUUUAAGUGUCGAGUCCACACCAAUCCUGACAGAAGAUGCACAGAGCUGGAUAUGGGUCGAGGCAAUUCUCGGGGCAUGCUCUGUGGAAAGACUUGUAAAGAAGACAGAGACGAUGAAUGGAUGGGCGUGAGCCUGGCUAGACAGCCUAAGGCUGGUGGAAGUGUGCUGGCCUGUGCGCACCGCUGGAAAAACAUCUACUAUGAGACAGAAUACAUUCUGCCCCAUGGCUUCUGCAACAUCAUUCCCCCCAACCUGCAGCCCAGUGGGAAGAAGCUCCUGCCCUGCUAUGAAGAGUAUAAGAAGAAGUACGGGGAGGAGCAUGGCUCAUGCCAGGCGGGGAUCGCAGGCUUCUUCACCGAGGAGCUGGUCAUCAUGGGAGCACCAGGAUCUUAUUACUGGACAGGAACAGUCAAAGUACUGAAUCUCACUGACAACACAUAUUACAAGCUGAACGAUGAUGCUGUGAUAGCCAGGCGUUACACAUACCUCGGAUAUGCGGUGACAGCAGGCCAUUUCUCUCAGCCAACUACCACGGAUGUUGUGGGAGGAGCUCCCCAGGAUGGAGGCAUCGGAAAGGUUUAUAUUUUCAGAACAGACAGACGAUCAGGCUCUUUAGUAAAAAUCUUUCAGGCUUCAGGAAAAAAGAUGGGCUCUUACUUUGGCUCCUCCUUAUGUGCAGUUGAUCUGAAUUCUGACGGGUUGUCAGACCUGCUGGUCGGAGCACCUAUGUUUUCUGAGAUCAGAGAUGAGGGUCAAGUCACAGUCUAUAUCAACAGAGGAAACGGUGUGCUGGAUGAGCAGCUCGUCCUGGCUGGUGAUGGUGCCUACAACGCACACUUCGGGGAGAGCAUUGCUGCCCUUGGUGAUAUCGAUGAUGAUGGGUUCCCAGAUGUUGCCAUCGGGGCACCUAAGGAGGAUAACUACGUAGGAGCAGUGUAUAUUUAUCAUGGAGAUGCCAACGGGAUUGUACCUCAGUACUCAAUGAAGCUGUCUGGGCAGACGAUAAACCCAAUGCUGCGGAUGUUUGGGCAGUCCAUAUCAGGGGGUGUUGAUAUGGAUGGCAAUGGUUAUCCAGAUAUGACUGUUGGAGCCUUCUUGUCAGACCAUGUUGUACUAUUAAGAUCCAGACCUGUCAUUACCAUGGAUGUCUCCAUUUUCCUGCCAGCAUCCAUCAAUAUCACAGCUCCGCAGUGCCAUGACAGCUUGCAGCCUGUGAACUGCCUCAAUGUCACAGCGUGCUUUCGUUUCAGCGGCAAGCAUGUUCCUGGAGAAAUAGGUUUGCUUUAUAACCUGACUGCUGACGUAGCAAAGAAGGAAAAGAGCCAACAACCCAGAGUUUACUUUGUGACUUCUGGAGAGACGGUGGGACAGAUCACAGAGAAGUUAGAACUGUCAUACAUGCAGGAAAAAUGCAGGCAUUUCCUAGCAUAUGUCAAGAGGAGAGUCAAAGAUGUCAUAUCUCCAAUUGUAUUUGAAGCUUCAUACAGCCUUGGGGAACAUGUAAUAGAAAAAGGAAAAGAGGACAAGGAGCUACCUCCUCUGAAGCCCGUUCUCCGUUGGAAGAAAGGACAGAAGAUUGCACAAAGGAAUCAGACUGUUUUUGAGAGGAAUUGUCAAUCUGAGGACUGUGCUGCUGAUCUGAAACUUCAGGGCAAAUUACUGCUAUCUAGUGUUGAUGACAGGACAGCCUACCUGGCUCUGGGAGCAGUGAGGAACAUCUCUCUUAAUAUUUCCAUCUCUAACAUUGGAGAUGAUGCCUACGACACCAAUGUUUUCUUCAACUUUUCUGGCGAGCUCUUCUUCAUCAAAAUGUGGCAGAAGGAGGAGCUGGGAAUUUCCUGUGAGUUGCUGGAGUCAGACUUUCUCAAGUGCAGUGUGGAAUUUCCUUUCAUGAGAUCAAAAUCUAGGUAUGAGUUCAGUGUAAUCUUUGACACAAGCCACUUGUCUGGACAAGAGGAAACACUGACCUUCCUUGUCACUGCCCAAAGUGGAAACGUAGAGCGCGUGGAGUCUCUGCAUGAUAAUACUCUGACCCUAUCAGUGCCCCUGAUGCAUGAAGUGGACUCAUCUAUCAAUGGGGAAGUCUUCCCUACUUCCUUUUUCUAUGGUGACUCUGUGGAAGCAUCCAAUUUCGUUCAGCUGGAAAGCCAUGAAUGCCGUUUCCAGUCUCUUAACUUCACACUGCAGGUUUAUAAUGCUGGACCAAGCACUCUUCCUGGCGCUUUUCUUGACGUUUCAUUUCCAAACCGCCUCUCUGCUACUGGAGCUGAAAUAUUUCACGUUCAGCAGAUGAUGGUUGGUCAGGACAAAGGCAACUGCUCUUUUCACCGAAACCGCAACCCGUGUGUUGUUCCCCAAGAGAAUGAAAAUAUUUUCCACACUAUAUUUGCUUUUUUCACGAAGUCUGGCAGAAAAGUAUUGGACUGUGAAAGACCAGGCAGGUCUUGCUUAAUUAUACGCUGCAACUUAAGUUCACUAGCAAAAGCAGAGUCCAGUGAAAUAAGUAUUUACACACUGCUGAACACUGAAAUACUGAAGAAGGACAUUUCAUCAGUUAUCCAGUUUGUCACAAGGGCAAGGGUGCAGGUAGACCCUGACCUCCGGAUUGUAGAGGUGCCCAAUGGGAGUCCGGAAGAAAAGACAGUGGUCUUUGAAGCUUUACACAAUCUGGAGCCUCGUGGUUAUGUUGUUGGAUGGAUCAUUGCCAUCAGUUUGCUGGUGGGAAUUCUCAUCUUCCUGUUGCUGGCUGUGCUCUUAUGGAAGAUGGGUUUCUUCCGCCGGAGGUACAAAGAAAUUAUUGAGGCUGAAAAGAACAGAAAGGAGACUGAAGAUAGUUGGGACUGGGUCCAGAAAAAUCAGUGAACUGCCCUUGAGAAGGAAAGCCCAGUCAUAUGACACGUGCUUGCUUGCCCAUAGGUCCUGCUCUCGUAUCUUCCAUAUGUGGAAGAAGGAAUCUUCUCCAGAUUUUUCGGAGGCCCUGUUGAUGCUGUGUCUUUAUCACUCUAACAAGCUAGGGAACAUAUCCUGAGGCAACCACUGUGGCCAUGUCAGGUGACUGGAGCUAUUUACACUUCAUUUUAGAGCUGAACUUUGAACUUUGGUAACCAAGCUGCAGUGCAGAGCAAUAUUUAUGAAUCCAACUAUGUGGUAUACCCUCAGGGGAAGACUGUUACCUAAAAAUAUUUUUUAUAAAUAUAAGCUUUUUAUAUUGAUCAUGUCUUUAUAUUUGUAUCGAUGUUUUAUAGUUUCUAUUGAAUAGCUAUAUAGUUCACUCAAGCACUGAUAUCUGGCUGAAUCAUUGGGAAUGCAUACCUGUAUAUAUAAAUCCUAUUGUACUUUUAAACUUCAAUGGAAGAGAGAAGAUUUGCAGAUCAGAAUAGCUGAAAACCCCAUAUGCUUAAUUCACAAUGCUUGGUAAUAUUGUAUAUAGACCAUUUAAUGGCAGUAAGCCAAAAUCUUUUAAUUGUCUCUUUUUUGAGUUGAAUUUGGUGUUUGAUUUAUAAACUGAAGAACCUGAAGUGUUACACAUAUGUGAUGUCUUGUAUAUGAGUCUAUCCUUCACUGACCUGAAUGGGGAAGAAUGAAAAUGCUUCCUCAGUGACAUGUAGCAAGACUUGUAGCUCACCUUCUAUUGCUGAAGAAAGCAUAACAUGUUUUCAUUGGGGAAUUUUUCUCUUGCAGUCUCUAGUAUUUUAAUAAAGGUCUAGGAUUGGACAGCUGAGAUACCAAAACUUGGCCAACUACCAUGGCAUUGACAAAUUCCUUGGAAUUUAAAUUGAAAAAAAAUGGAGCCAUAUUAGCAUUUAAUGUUAAGAAGGUUGGUUUUUAAGCUACUGUUAACAGUUGUGAGCUGUUGCUGUCAAAGCAAGUGAUCAGUUGAUGUAAGCUGUAUCUAUUAUACCUGCCUUGUGAGUUGUCUACGUGAGUCAUAGUGUUUAUAGCAUAGUUUUAGGAGAGAUAAGUAGAUGCAAACAUUAAAAUGUUCCUUGGAUCUUGAGAUUGCCUUUUUGCGUGUUCCUAGAAUAGAAUGUGCAAUGGAAAAUGGCUUUAAACUAGAAGAGGGAAAAUUUAAGUUAAAUGUUAGGAAAAAAUUCUUUACUCAGUGUGUGGUGAAUUGAUGGAACAAGCUGCCCAGAGAAGUUGUAGAUGCCCCAUCCCCAGAGACAUUCAACACCACAUUGAAUGAGGCCCUGGGCAGCCUGAUCAAAUAGUUGGCAACCCUGCACGUUGAAGGGGAGUAGAGCUCAUUAAUCUUUAAGGUCCCUUCCAACCUAAGCCAUUAUGUGAUUCUAUGAUUCUGUGAAUGUCAUUCUUCACCAAGCGUUAUAAAGGAAGUUUAGUCAAGAUGCAGAUGUUACUGCAUCUCAGGUUGCCACUUUAUUCAUUAGUAAUUCCUUAUAAAAUCAUUUGUUGAAUUGGAAAACACGGAAUUGUAAUUAAUUCAGCCAUAUAUCUUCAAAAAACUCUUGGGUUUCUGAAUAGAAACAGUGAGUCUCUAUGAUGCUUGGUUUUAGAUUCUACUUGUGCUUUGCACCUUGUGUAAAUAAAAAUUGUAGUGUUGGUGUAAAAUUAAUAUAAGGGAAAGGAUGAUGAAGCUCUAUAGUAGUAGAUUAGAGAAUAACAGGAAUGAAUGGUGGCAGGAUAUGUCUCCUUGGAUUAGGGUAAUGUAAAAGAACUGCUGGAAGUUUGGAAACCUAAAUGCAGAACACUGAAGUCUGUUUGAGAACAUGCCUUAUCCUUGUUCUUCCUUGUAAAUUCAUUAUAGUUUCAUAUUUUAAAAAAUUAACCUGUUUCCUGUUUGUUCCUCUCACUCUCCCAGAGGCAUUAAGUGCCUGCUAUUACUACAGUAUUGAUCAAUGUUUGUUAAUUUAACCAUCUGCACCAAUUAGGCAGGAAAUGGUUUUUAAGUGAAUGAAGAGUAUUGAUUCAGUGUUUGGAAAAAA